UUCCGUAAUUCCAUGUAAAACCACGAUAGGACAAGUUGGGAACCAGUUAACUGGCGCAUGAUUACGCAUAAAAUCGCUCAAGAUGGCGGAAGAAACUGCAGUUCCCGAGACUGGAAAGUUGAUAAAUAUUGUUGUAAAAACACCGAAAGACAAAGAGACCGUCACUGUGGAAGCCACUGCGACGAUAAAAGAGUUCAAGGAAGAGAUAUCAAAGAAGUUCAAUGCACCUCCAGAGCAGCUGUGCUGUAUAUUUGCUGGCAAGAUUCUGAAAGAUGCCGAAACCUUAGAAACACACUCAAUUAAGGAUGGGUUGACAGUACAUCUUGUCAUUAAGUCUACUAACAAGGCUCAAGAGCAGGCAGCCACCGCGGCACGCCCACAGUCCUCCUCGUCCUCCACCAGUACGUCGUCCACCACCACCCCUGGUACCACCCCAGCACCGGGUGGUGGGGGUGCCAAUCCUUUUGGCCUAGGGGGACUGUCGGGUCUGGGCAACAUGGGCUUCGGCUCAGCUAACUACCUGGAGAUGCAACAGCAGAUGCAGCAACAGCUGCUGAGCAACCCGGACAUGAUGCAACAAGUACUGAACAACCCCAUGACACAAAGCCUGAUGCAGAAUCCAGACCUGAUGAGACAGAUGAUCCUCAGCAACCCACAGAUGCAAGAACUCAUGGAGCGCAAUCCGGAGAUCAGACACAUGUUGAACAACCCCGAGUUGCUGCGACAGACUAUGGAGAUGGCUAGGAAUCCAGCCAUGAUGCAAGAGAUGAUGCGCUCACAGGACCGGGCACUCAGUAACUUGGAGAGUAUCCCUGGUGGUUACAACGCCCUGCGACGGAUGUACACCGACAUUCAAGAACCCAUGCUGAAUGCGGCACAGGAACAACUCGGAGGCAACCCCUUUGCUGCCUUGCGCGGUGGCGGUGGCGGUGGCAGUGGCGGUCAAAGUCAAAGUCCAGCAGAGACCUCCGGCCAGCAGGGACGCGAGAACACAGAGCCCCUGCCCAACCCCUGGGCACCUCCUUCCUCGAGACCUGCCGGGGGCACCACGCCGGCGCCAACCAGCACCACAACCCCAACCCCCAGCCCGUCGACAGCUACCCCUAGCAUGACAGAUACAGCGGGGGGCCUUUUCAACUCCCCAGGCAUGCAGAGCAUGUUGCAGCAGGUCUCCUCCAACCCGCAGUUAGUCCAGAACAUGCUGCAGGCACCCUACAUGCAAUCCAUGCUGCAGUCUAUGUCCAACGACCCGGAACUUGCUGCACAGAUUAUGCGAUCCAAUCCCAUGUUUGCCAGCAACCCAGAACUGCAACAACAGAUGACAACAAUGUUGCCCAGUUUUCUCCGCCAGAUGGAGAAUCCAGAUGUCCGUAACGUAAUGACCAACCCCAGAGCAAUACGGGCAAUUAUGCAAAUACAGCAAGGCAUGCAGGAGCUGCAGUCGAUAGCGCCAGGGAUCUUACCAGGGAUGGCCGGAUCGGGAGCAGGAGGGCUUGGUGCAUCGACAACAUCCGCCUCAACGCCGGCCUCCACCACCACCCCUGCCACCGCCCAGACAGAUACAGCCGGUACCACCACCACCUCUGCUACUACCACCAGCACUACUAGUAGCACCACGACCCCAACAACUGGCACCGCCCCACCGGUGGGGCCACUAGGGGGGCUGGGGAGCGACCAGUGGAGCCAACUGAUGACACAGAUGCUGACCAACUUGGGUGCUGGUGCUGGCACAACACAACAGCAACCUCCAGAGGUGCGUUUCCGUCUCCAGAUGGAGCAGCUGGUCAACAUGGGCUUCAACGACGAAGCGAGGAAUCUCCAAGCUCUGAUCGCCACCGGCGGAGACGUCAAUGCGGCCAUCGAGCGGAUCCUGAUGGGGUAACAUUCAAUCAUGGAAUCAAGGAAUAUUUAAAAUGUCAAAAAUAGUUUGUCUGUUCAGCUGACAUUGAGGGCAAGCUUAUGGAAUCAAUCAUCAGAACUAUCUUAAACAAAAAAAUUGUUUCCCCAACUUCAUCCGUAAAUCCUGGUAGUAUUACUAUAGUAAAUCUAGGCAUUGACCGAAAAGUACCGUGGGUCUCCCAGUGCACUGUUGAUACUCCAGUCACUUCUGUACCGCGUUUUGUGUCAUGUGUCAAUUUAAUUUUCAUCAAAAAGACAAACACUUCUCCCACCUUGACUUGUAAUCUGUCACUAUUACGGUAGUGGUGUCACAAAAUGGAUUUGUGGUGAAAGUUGGCCCGCGGAGUCUUUUAAAUAAAAAGAAAAUGGUUGGCAAGGAAAAUGAUGUGGUUUUUUUUCUUUCCAAAAUCAUUGCUUUCUAAUAAUACAGUGGGUUAAGUGGUCAAACUGCCCUGGAGAAAUCAAUAUACAAAUAUUAAGAUUGUGAGACAAAGUGAUAAGACUCGGCCACAUUGUGAGGGAAUGAAGAAGCUGUACAUAAAGCCAUUUUGGUGAGAAUAAACAAACGCGAUUCCAAAAUUCAAAAAUUACGUUUAUGCAAUCUUUACUUCUUAGAUGGAAGUCAUCACUAAAUUAAAA